ACCACAAUGACCUCCCUACCUCCCUUGGCUUACCGUUGGGGGUUUUUUCUGGUUGAGAGAUUUGAGAAACCCCCUAUUGCGCCUCCCACGGACUUGUACAUAAACGUCAUCCGAUCUUUUUUACCAAACAUUUUCGAUCCACUAACAUGGGAUCUCUGCCCGAAUCGGCCGCUGCGGACCAGCAUCAGAAGAAUGGCACAAGUACUCAGUACCCAAUACACCCACUUGGGCCGCUCUCUGCGGAGGAAAUCAGCCGGAGUGCCAACCUGAUCCGCGGUGCAUGGCCUGAAGGAACAAAGUUUCAGUUCAAGGUCAUCACCCUCUCGGAGCCGGCAAAGGUGCAACUCAUCCCUUAUCUGGAUGCCGAGAAGAAGGGACAAGCGACGUCACCCAUCGAUCGGCGUAGUUUUGUUGGCUACUACAUCAGGAACACGGUUCGUAAAGGGCACUAUCUUGAUCGAACACGACAACAAAGAUCUUGUUUGCUAACGCUGGUUUCUUUUUUUUUUUUUUUUUUUUAAAAAACCGUUUUUGGUGGCGAAUAGCACAAACUCCAUGAAGCCAUCGUCAACCUGACGCAAAAUGUAGUGGAGAGCAACGUCCUUCUUGGACCAAACGUCCACGCCAAUGGCGACGCCGAGGAGCUUUUGGCGAUCGAGGAGAUGCUCACCUCGGACCCCAGUGUACUGGCCGAGGUUGCCAAGCUGAAGUUGCCUGAAGGGGCAAAGGUAGUCGCGGAUCCCUGGAUAUACGGAUCCGAUGGCGUCAACGAGGGAAACUUUAGUGAUGAGAAGCGUCUUUAUCAAUGUUUCCUGUACAUGAGGGACCCGAAUAAUUCUUCCAUGACUGAGAGCUGCCACUAUGCUUUUCCUCUACCGAUAUCACCAGUCGUGGACCCCACGACUAUGAAGGUCGUUCGCAUCGACAUUCUGCCGACGGGUCUGGACACCAAGGUCAAGCCAUUGUCUCCUUGGGAGCCUGCACCUCCCAACGAGUACGUGGCUGAGGCGCAGGCAGCCAUGAGGACGGACUUGAAACCUUUGCGGGUGGUGCAGCCGGAAGGCGCUUCAUUCCAGGUCUCCAAGUUUUCAGAGACGGGCCAUCGGGUAUCGUGGCAAAAGUGGGAUUUUAAAGUAGGCUUCAACCAAAGGGAGGGUAUGGUGCUCUACGACGUUCACUACGACAGCAAGCCCCUCUUCUACCGCUUGAGCUUGUCGGAUAUGUCGAUCCCCUACGCAGACCCUCGACACCCUUUCCACAAAAAGGCCGCAUUUGACCUUGGCGAUGUAGGUGCGGGCAUCAUGGCCAACAACCUGGGCCUGGGCUGCGAUUGCCUCGGCUCCAUCUACUACAUCUCUGGAGUCUUGACAAACAGUGAAGGGCAGCCAGUCGACUACCCCAACGUCAUCUGCAUCCACGAGCAAGACGCAGGUCUACUCUGGAAGCACACCAACUACCGGACAAACAAGGCCAGCCUCGUGCGCAACCGGGAGCUCGUGCUGCAGACGAUCCUGACCGUGUCAAACUACGAGUACAUCCUCGCCUGGGUCUUCAACCAGGCCGGAGACGUGACGUACGAGGUCCGCGCCACCGGAAUCCUCAGCACGCAGCCGGUGGACAGGGAGCUGCAAAAGACCCCCCACCCGUACGGCACGGUCGUGCACCCGGGGGUGCUGGCGACGCACCACCAGCACUUCUUCUCGCUGCGCAUCGACCCCAUGGUGGCGGGCCACGGCAACACGGUCGUGUACGACGACGCGGUCCCUCUUGCGCGCGACGCGACCACGAACCCGCACGGCGUCGGCUACACGGUCGAGACCAAGGCCAUCGAGACGUCGGGCGGCUUCGACCUCGACAGCUCCCGCGGCCGCGUCUUCCGCAUCACCAACCCGGCCGUCCGCAACGCCGUCAACGGCGCCCCCGCCGGCUACAAGCUCCAGAUCCCCUCCAUGCAGCCCAUCCUGGCCGACGCGGACAGCUUCCACCGGCGCCGGGCCGAGUUUGCCGAUCGCUCCGUGUACGUGACGCGGUACGCCGAGGGCGAGCUGUUCUCGGGCGGGCAGUACACGAACCAGAGCAGGGGCGGGACGGGCGUGAGGACCUGGGCCCAGCGGCAGGAGUCGCUGGCCGGCGGGGACCCUGUGGUGUGGGCGCAGUUUGGCAUCAAUCACGUGCCCAGGAUCGAGGACUUCCCCGUCAUGCCGUGCGAGGUGCUGAGGGUCACCAUGAGGCCGGUAAACUUUUUCGACAGGAACCCGGCGCUCGACGUGGCGCCGAGCACGCAGGACUUUAACCAGAGCGUGCUGCUGAAUGGGGCCGGCAGGAACGGUGGCGGGUGUGGUGCCAAUGGGAAUGGUGCUAACGGGAGUGUGGGUUGCGCUAGGUAAGGCUGGGGCUGUGGGUUGGUUUUGCUGCUUACUGUAGCACAAGCGAGAAAAAGAAAAAAAGAAAGACUCUAAAUUUGGGGGCUGUGACAGGGAUCAUUUGCCUGCCCGGAAUUUUAGUGCCUGCCAAUGCAUGUCAACCGUCAACUGUUGUUAUCCAUCCAUCCAAUUGUUAUGGUAGAUGUGAUUGGCGCCGUUAUCGCAAGGGUCCAUAUAUGUCGGUGAUCAGGAGGAUCAAUCUGCACCAAUAUCUUUGAUUACAGGGCCCGACCUGGUGGCCGUUGGUCGAAUCUUGCACUCGUCUCCCUUGGGUAUAAAAUCCUUUCAGGUCAUGGCAUAGGACUAGUAAAGAUUCUG